AUGGCCACCGUUAUGACCAAAAUGAUGAACGUCCCUCCAGGAACGUCCCCCUCCUUCCCCUCCUCCUCCUCUUCCUUUUCACCGCCACAAACAAUCUCCACUCAAUCUUCGCCGUCUCCUUCGCUCCCUCUCCGUAAAAUUCCUGGCUCCUACGGUUGGCCAUUGCUCGGACCAAUCUCAGACCGGCUAGACUACUCCUGGUUUCAGGGACCGGAAACUUUCUUCAAAAAACGGAUUGAAAAGUACAAGUCGACGGUUUUCCGUACAAAUGUGCCGCCAACAUUUCCUUUCUUCACCGAUGUGAAUCCGAACGUUGUGGCGGUUCUCGAUUGCAAGUCUUUUUCUCAUCUUUUUGAUAUGGAGGUUGUGGAGAAGAAAAAUGUGCUGGUCGGCGAUUUCAUGCCGAGUCUUAAGUUCACCGGUAAUAUUAGAACCUCCGUUUAUCUUGACCCCUCCGAGCCAGAGCACGGCAAGUCCUCAACUGGUACUCCUUGGAUACUUGAUUCUGGCGCUUCCGAUCACAUUUCUGAUAUACAGCCUAGUGACUCAUCUCCUAUUCUGAUUUCAUCUCCUGCACCGGUCAUGCCAAACACAGAGGCAGAUAAUGCUCCCAUUGCCCUUCGCAAAGGUAUUCGCUCCACUUGUAAUUCUCAUCCUAUUUACAAUUUUUUGAGCUAUCACCGUUUAUCUCCUUCAUAUUAUGCCUUUAUCUCCGCAUUGUUUACUGUUUCUAUCCCUAAGAGUGUCAGUGAAGCACUUAACCAUCCUGGUUGGUCUGCUCUGCUAUGA